UAUAUAUUUUUUUCCCCAACAAAUUUUCCACAAUUUGGAAAGUUGUGAGCUAAGGAAGGGUUUAACACAUUUUUUGUCUUUUUUUUAAAAAUAAUCGCCACACAAAAUUAAAGAAUAACAAAUGGACGAGUUCUUUAAGCAACUUAUGAAGGGUAAAUUCUUAAGGGUAGCUGAUCUUCGCAGAAAUGCAGCCGCCGCAUCAGAGGCAGAUGACAUCUCCGUGUGCUCCGUUCAGGUGGCUAAUGAUAGCAGAAAUAACAAAGCUAUUCCUCAUAUAGUGGGAAUCGCCGGUAAUUCCACAGUACCGCCGGUCGUUCGUAGAAGUAACCGUCUCAUGAAAAAGCCAACAUUAAGCAUUCAACAGUCGCAGUCAGCGCGAAAAUUACGAAACCCAUGCAAAGGGUGCGCUACCGUCGAUGACUUCAGUGCCGGAGGCUCUAAACAAGAACAAGAAAAAUCACAAAAAUCUGUACCCAGUGAAGACCCCAUUCCGACCGUUCGCCAAAGUGAGCGCCUCAGAAAUCAGACACAGCCGGAUAAGCAGCAGCCGGAACCAGAAGAACAGUCGCAAGUACCUCCAAAGAGGAAGCGCGGAAAAAAAGAACAACGCACAAACAUAUUAAAUCCCAGUGUUAUUGACGAGGUUUGCGAUACACGUAGCUACAAUCAUACGAAAGCUCGCCUUAUUUUUCGCAAUUCUCGCUAUGGAUGCACAGGGGUACCCUGCACCGAAUCCCAUUGCUCCAAAUGUACUCUGGGACGUGGACGCACUGUUCGACGUCCGAUACGUGCCGGCCAACAAUUCAAGAAGGCCGAUCAACGCAACAUAAAGAACAAAACGAAAAGAUUGCGUCAGAAACCUGUUCGCCAGCUAUGCCAGAAUUGCGGCAUUGGAAUCACCAACAAGCUCAGGUCAAUUCAUAACCCAUCUAAUCAAACCAUCGUAGCUAGCCAAUGCGUUUGUACCGAGAUCCACGGACGUCUCUUUAAGCUUUACGAUCUAGCCCCUGAUGACAUAAGGCCAGCCCAGAUUAAUCGUCGGCGCCAGAUGCAACGCAAGCGUCAGGUUAUACGCCGAAAAUUAGGCUCGAAUCGCCAACUGCGAAAGAACAAGAAGAAGCCAGAUGGAAAAAGGGUUCGCCCGCGUAUCUACCCUAAGCGUCGCAAAUAGUACGCACCCGCCUAUCUAAAAAAAAAGAAGUUCAUCAGUUAAUGUGUUUAGUACCGAACCUGGUCGUUUGGGUAUUGAAGAAAUCGUCAAGAUAAAGAAAAACAAAUAGCUCCAAAUAUAACUCUACCCAUACAAUAAAAAACCGCAAAACACGUAGUCGUAA